UCUGCAGUAGUCACACAAAUGCAGCACACUGGGAUUUCCAAGUGAAGUCCAAUCUGUGCAGGUCUGUGUGCACUUGGUGUGCCUGAUGCUUUGGAAAGCUCUUCACUGGACCCAUUCUCCUCAGCUCUGCCAGUGGGAAAGUUAGGAGCUCAACUCUGCCACCAGAAAUCUCUUUUUCUCAAGGGAGCUGUGUCUUUGGCUGCCCACCGCCAUGGGUCAGUCUCCUUCCACACCUGAUACAAAGGCCCACAAUAUGGCCUCCAGCUUUAAUGCAUUUUUCAAAACUUUCAAGAUGGAAAGUAAGAUCAUUUCUGAGGAGACCAUCAAUUUAAUUCAGUCGUUUGUGCAGGAAGGGGACAUACAGAAGACAAUUUCCACAAUCAACACUGCUUUGGCAGACAUUGAGAAUGCCCCUCUGAGCAUCGCAGUGACAGGGGAGACCGGGGCAGGAAAGUCCACUUUCAUCAAUGCCCUGCGGGGCAUAGGACAUGAAGAGGUCGAGUCAGCUAAGAAUGGAGUACUGGAGACCACAAUGAAUAGACAGGAUUAUACCCACCCUAAGUUCCCUAAUGUGACCAUCUGGGAUCUCCCUGGGGUGGGGACAACUACCUAUAAACCAGGAAAAUACCUGAAGAAAAUGAAGUUCCAGGAGUAUGACUUUUUUGUUAUCGUCUCAGCCACUCGCUUUAGAGAGAAUGAUGCCCAGCUAGCCAAAGCAAUCGCAAGAAUGAAGAAGAAUUUCUAUUUUGUUCGAACAAAAAUUGAUAGUGAUUUGUGGAAUGAGAAAAACUGUAGACCCAGGACCUACAAUAAGGAAAAACUCCUGGAGGAUAUCCGAAAAGAUUGUGUGGAGAAGCUCCAGAGGGCCAACGUAGCCUCCUCUCGAGUCUUCUUAGUCUCCAGCAUCGAGGUAGCACAGUUUGACUUUCCUCGCUUGGUGUCCACCCUUCUGAAAGAGCUGCCGGCACACAAGCGUCACAUCUUCAUGCAGUGCCUGCCUAACGUAACCGAGGUUGCUAUUGAUCAAAAGAAAGAUGUCCUGAAGCAGAAGAUCUGGCUGGAGGCUCUGAAGUCCGGAGUGCUGGCCACCAUCCCUAUGAUGUUUUUCUUCAAGGAUGACAUUGAGGAGCUGGAGAAGGCCCUGAUUUACUACAGGUCUUGCUUUGGGCUGGAUGACAAGUCACUGGAAAACAUGGCCAGCGAGUUGUCCCUGCCUGUGGAGAAGCUUGAGUCCAGCAUCCAGUCACCUCAUUUGCUGUCAAGUGAGAUGGAGGAGUCUGUGGGGGAAAAGCUGGUGAAAUACCUGGAGAAAAUUUUUGCUGUCACUGGAGGACUUAUAGCCACUGGCCUUUACUUUAGAAAGAGUUACUACCUCCAAAAUUAUUUCCUCGACAUAGUGGCUAAUGAUGCUAAAAUUCUGCUUAAGAAAAGAGGUUUUUUGGAGGACUGUGGGGAUUCUGAAGAAGGCUGUGAAAACAGGGAAAAUGAGACAGCUGGCUUAUGAUUUAGGUGAUGUUAGUGUCUUCAGGACGCUGGGGACUGGGAAGAUGGCUUAGGGUGUUCCUGAAGCACCCUGGCCAGGCUGUGAUAACUUUUAGACUUUGUGACCCUUGAUGGGAAAAUAGAGGCAUCUGGAAUCUUAUGCUGUGUGGCAGUUGUCACAGCCAGCAAGCCUUAUUGAUGAGAUGGCUGUCCUGGAACUCUGUAGACCAGUCUGGCCUUGAAC